AUGUCAAUAGAAACAUUACCAGAUUUACCUGAACAAUUAGAAACGCAUUUAAAAUCAUCUCGAAUAAAAAGCUUUGAUUUCUCACAAUUUAGAGAUAUCGAAUUAAUUGGCUCAGGAAAUUAUGCAACCGUUUAUUCGGCAACCUUUAAUGGUCAGAUCUAUGCAUUAAAAAGUUUAAGAAAUAAUUUAAACCUCGAAGACAAAACCUUAGAAUUAUUUAAACGUGAGAUUAAGCAACUUUAUACCAUUGGAGAAAGAGAAGAAAUCGUUAAUAAUACACCCCUAAGUUAUGCUAAUCUUAUUCGAAAAUGUUGGUCUGCUGAACCGGACCAGCGCCCAUCUUUAUAUCAAGUUUUGGUUGAACUCAAUAAAUUAUUAAUGGAAACACCUGUAGAAUUUAUUGUAAAUCCCAUUAAAAAUAGCAGUGGAAAUAAUCUUGCAAAGUCUAAUACUUCAGUAAACUUAGAUUCUUCCAUCAGAAACAGUAUUGAAACGAAUACUACGAGAACUGUAAAUCCAGAAUUUGAGCACAUACCUAAUGAAGCGUCAGAAUUUUCUGAAGAAUUGGAAAUAUGGUUAAAAUCGUCACAUAUAAAAAGUUUUGAUUACCCAGAAUUUAAAGAUGUCAAACUUAUUGGCAGAGGAGGUUUUGCAGUCGUUUAUUCGGCAACCUUUAAUGGACAGAUUUAUGCAUUAAAAAGUUUCAAUCUUAAUUUGAAAUUUGAGGAUAAUGAAUUCGAAAAACUUAAACGUGAG